AUGGCUACCCAGUGGUUUACCGGUGGCGCCCUUCCUCCUCCGCCAGGAAUCGAGGCCAACUUUGUUGAUCCUCCCAGUCAGUUACAUGGAAACAUCGCCCUUCAUACGGCCUUUCUUUCGGUGGCCACCCUAGCGGUGGCCAUGAGGCUAUUUACCCGCCUCUACACGCUGCGCACGAGGCUGGGGAUAGACGACUUUUUUUGUGUCCUGGCAUAUUGCCUGGCCAUCACAUUUACAGGCCUAAUGUCCUACUGCUUCUCUAGGGGUAUUGGACGCCAUAUGUGGGAUGUGCCAAUAAUCUGGCUCUCAAGAACUCUCAAGUAUUUCACUAUCGCCCAAUACAUCUAUACCAUCCUGACGGCCGCCGUUAAACUCGCGUUUCUCUUUUUCUACUACCGCAUAUUUCCCCGUCAUAUCAAUAUCAGAUAUUUCAUUAGCUUCGGUAUCGCGUUCGUUUCUGUCUCUCACCUCACUCUCUUCUUUCUCACUAUUUUCUCCUGCUCUCCCGUCAGCCAUGCCUGGGAUGCCGCCUCUCCAGGCCGCUGCUGGAACCCAAGAAUUUUGCCCUAUGUCUCUGGCGGGUUGAGCUCAGCCACUGAUCUCUAUGUCCUUCUUCUCCCGAUACAUACUCUCUGGGGGCUAAAUAUGACUACCCGGAAAAGGAUCCGUCUCGCGGCUGUCUUUGGUCUGGGAAUCUUUGCCUUCGCCGCAAGUGUAGUGAGACUCGCGAUGACACACGUCCUUACAGAUAGCCAAGAUGCAACCUGGAACAUAUCUCGAAUCUCGCGAUGGGCUACAAUCGAAGCCUAUACCGGUAUAAUAUGUUCUUGCCUCCCUCUAUUACCUCCCCUUGUUGACAAAUACUGGCCGAAAAACUUUGGCUCCUCGAUAUACAAGCUCUGGUCAAGUGGGAGUCGCCGAAAGUCCUUCAGCAACAAGGCUGGGUCCGAUGUUUCCUUACAAUUUCAGCAACAGAAACCAUGGCAGCAAGUUAAUUAUGCGAGCCACGAAUCGGUGGGCGUGCAGAAGAAGUAUUACAACAGGAGUGAUGAUGGAAGCAUCACAGGCGAAGUGAAUUCGUGGGAGCGGAAUGCUUGA